CCACCUACUCCAUUGCCAUUCCUAUCCGUUGCUAAACAUUUUCCCAAUUCCUGAGAUGAGGCCUAGUGGGCCACACCUUGAACCCAAUUUUGUUUCAACAACAGAAAAGCAAAACGACAUGGAAAAUCCCAGAAAAAUGCCAAGCAAAGAAAAUUAGUGUGUUUGGACAGUUAGACAACAGAAGCACGAUACAGGAAGAGAAGGAUGGAUGAUCUUCUGACACAAGGCCUUGAUGUUGAUGGGUCUUCCUAUAAGAAGCUUUCCAGCGGCAAAUACGCAUGUCUUGUUUGUCCUCACAAUCCCAUUCUUGAUUCUCCUCUCAUGCUCUCUGUAAGCUACUGCAUACCUUACCUUCUUAUCUUCUCUGUGCAUAGCAUUGGCUCACGCCAUCUUGCUGCAGAAUCCAGGCUGAAGAAAAAAGAAUCUGUGAGAAAGGAUGAGAUAAACAAGAGACUGGCAUUAUCAGAUUCUCCUGUUGGCUCAUUCGACUCUACUAAUUUAAACAACAAAGGUUAGGUUAACUACUAAACCAUUAACUGAACAGACAAGGAACGUUGCUUCUGAGGUACUAUGGAGUAAAACUCCCCAGCAGAAUUCUGGAAACCAAAAUUGUGAUGUGAAAUUGAGCAAGGGACGGUUUACAAAUGCAACAGCUAUCACAUGUCAGGUAAUCUGAUGGGUAAUUGAUACAACAGCAAAUGGAUUUCUGAGAGAAGUUUAUAGAAGCAGGUUGGAAGCGAGAUUGUCAUGAAAAUGGUUCCAGGAUGAAAACGCAAGUUUCUCUUUCAGAUUCAUCAUUCAACUUUUUAUGCCUAUUCUCUCUGUUUUUAGUUGCAGCUUGUGUAUCAUGUCUUUUGUAGAAAGUUGGAAACACUUAAAGUAAUUAAACCAUUAUACUCAAGAAAGACAUUAGCUUUAUAGAACCAUUCAAACAAAAGAAACCCUGUACUUUUCAAAUGAUUAGUGUUCUAUUACAGGUAUUAUGCAUAUGAUCGUUUGCAGGUUGAAUUUGACUCUGAUGAAGAAGAUCCAAAUAUAUGCUUUGGUUAAAAAUUAUUCAUUCUUGGAAGACUCUAAAUAGAUAUUUGAUAGCUCAUGAAUCAUGAUCAUCGACAUUUGUUUGGAUUUGAUGGUAUCUUGAUGCUUGUAGCGAUUGAUUUCUUUGUUUUUCCAAGAACCGUAGAAAAAGCAAUCUUGAUGAUUUUGGGGGGCUGAAGAUGGAUGGCUUGAUCUCCAUUCACAAUCACACAGUGAAGCAAGUAGAUUGUAUUUUAGACGUAUGGGUUCAUAUAGAUUUAUGGUUGAUUAUGUCAGAAGGUUAGAUACUCAGAUAUUUUCAUUUUUAACAUUGGAUAAUACUUUAGAGCUGAACUAUCCAUGUGCGUUGUGUCCAUCACAGUCAGCAAAUAUGUGCAUUCGUCAA